UCUAACAGCUCGAGCUGCGAGAGUAUCGUACAUACAUGAUUCAUGCCGAAUCUUGUACGUAUUUGAAAGAUCACGAGCGCGUGUUAUCGGCUGUUUUCUUUCUUUCGUAGGUUAGCGAUUACGUUGUGAUGUUGUCGGUUGUGUGUAUUUAUAAUUUAUUUGUUAACGCGUUAAAAUGUCUACCAUGAAAAGCGUACAAUACAACGACAGUAUCGUAAUAAUUCCCCAUUUCGAGUCGUUAAAAAUAUUUUGUUUUUCAUUCAUAUGGGGAAUGUGGACAAUGGCGAAACGAGUCGUAUUACAAAUGCUGAAAUCGUCCAGCUUCGAAUGGAACGACAUCGACAAUCCACCUUUAUGUUUGGUUGAUACGAAACUAGGCCAGCACAAUUACAUGAAAAUAAAGGGAAAAGGCAUCAAGUUACAUUACGUCGAAGCAGGAGAUAAAAAUAAACCAACCCUAUUACUCCUUCAUGGUUUUCCCGAUUGUUGGAUGAGCUGGUUCAAUCAAAUCCCAGAAUUAUCCGAGCAUUUUCGCGUUAUAGCGAUAGAUUUGAAAGGUUUCGGUGAUUCGGAUAAGCCAUUAGCUAGACGAAGUUAUAGAUUGGAACUAUUGCUCGAAGAGCUCACUAUGUUUAUUUCAUCGUUAGGCAUUACGAGAUGCUCAAUUAUUGGCCACGAUUUAGGCGCCCUUUUUGGCUGGUAUCUUGUGCAUUUGAAUCCGGAUCUCGUAUCCAAAUUUGUUGCUAUAUCGUGUCCACACCCGAAUGUGUAUUGGGAUGAUAUUCCGAGAGGUAGUCGUUUUAAUAAAAAUUGGAUAGAAUUAGCCCAGUUACCAAUAUUACCCGAAUUGGAUGCUUUGAAAAAUGAUCUCGAAAUCAUAACCCAGUGCUACGGUCAUUUAAAGUCCAAAAAAAAUUACGAAGGCUACAUCGAAGCUUAUAAAUAUACUUUCAAUCGAAGAGAGGAUUGGACUGGAGCAAUAAACUAUUUCCGAAACCUUCCGUUCUACAGAUUAGAAGGCGAAAGUUUACGAGAAAUCGACGUACGUUGUUUAUUAAUAACGGGCAAAGUGGAUGAAUCGGUGCCUUUGGAAAGCGUCGUUAAAUCGACCGAGUUCAUACAGAAAUAUUACCUGAAAGUUAUAGAAAAUGCUGGUCAUUAUCCUCACCAAGAAAAUCCCGAAAAAGUGAAUAAAGCUUUACUCGAAUUUCUACUAGAUCCACCUUUGAUGAAAAACAAGAAAGAUGUUCAAUCCAGCGGUGGUAUUUUUGGUAAAAUGAUGGGAUCAGUUUCGAAUGGAUUCAAUUACGGAUCAGAAGUUUUAUCAAAUAUCAAGAAUGAUCCUAAAGUAGCUACGGCUUCUUUAUUAUCUAAAACUUUAUACAUGGGGGCCAAACCUUCAUGAGGAUGCCCAUAAUUUCAUUUUAUGAGUAUUUAAUUCCAAUGCCUUCCUACAUCGCUUGUUAGAUAUACUUAGGUUUAAUUUUUAUUUCUUAAAUUUUUGUACAUAUUUCUCAUAAAAGUGCAAGCGUUAUAAAUGCGAUAUUUCGACUUUCUUUUAAAAUGUUCCUUCAAAAUACUAAUGAUUAAUUUAUUAUUGUUUUAUUUUUAUAGGCCAAAUGAUGCUCAUGAAGAGUUAGUCGAGUUCUACGAUUUCAUCUAGAGUUUAAAAUUGUACCGUAGAUAAUUACGCAUAACGUUAUAUGUAUAGGUACCAAUUGUGAAUUGAAUGUAUACCUAUUACCUACCAACACUUACAAUCUCACAAUUUUAUAAAGUAUUCUGAAUUUGUAUGUAAAUAAUAGUAAGCUUCAUUGCAAAUUAUCCACUAGAUUGUACUCACUCAAAAGUAUGCACUUUUACCAGUGAUUGUGUUAUUGAUCAGUUCUCGUGAUUUUAUUUAUUCAAAUUUUAAGGUUAAUGUUUAGAGUAUAGUACGAGUAGGUAGGUAAGUAUAACUUGAAAAUUCUACAAGUCUUUCAUUCGUUUAUUCAGUUUCUCAAUGAAGUAAAUACAUCUAAGUGUGAAUUUUAAAAAUAAAAUCUCGAUUCAUUUCUGA